AUCAAAUGAAAAUAUUGGAAUUUGGCAUGUUAUAAUGUUUUGCUUUGUGGCUGAUAGUAUUGCAUUGUUCAUUUUACCGGGAUUUUACUUUGGUGCCGAGGAAAAUGGUAUAAUCCCAUCUGAACUAGGACUGAUACCAAAAGUACUCUAUAAUGACAAAUGGUAAGCGCCAGUGACAUAUAAUAUCAUUUUUUGCUUAAUUUAUUGGGGAAAUGAUCAUUUGACAAGGAUAUAAUAUCAUUGAAGCAGACAAUGUAGUGGGACAUUUAACCUCACUUAUCCAAACACUCUAAGAGAUUGCCUACUUAAUGAACAGUUUUCAUUUUUAAACCCCAAUUACCCAACCUUUUCAACAUGUGCCUGUUUUAUUCAAUUUUCCUGACUCUUUUGCCCCUCUAUAACUGAAACGCUUUCAAAUUGUAACAGAAACGUGAUUUAUGGAGCGAAGCUCUCCGAUUUUAGAGAGAGAGGAUUGGAUGGAUUUGUAGAGAGAGAAUCUCCAUGGUUUUUGAGAGUGAAGCUCUAUCAUUUUAGAGAGAGAAAGGAGCUGUGCGAUUUCUAUACACAGAAGAGAGAAGCUCCCUGGUUCCGAUUUGUGAAGCUUUCUGGCGAUUCCGGUGUGUGAAGCUCUUGCGAUUUGUAUUUAGAGCUGGUGGAAGAAGAUUUGCAAUUUAUAGAGAGAAAAUCUGCUGCGAUUUUCACAUGGAUGGAGAUCGAGAUGCUCUUUGUGUUCCUCCACUGCGGUUUGCUUUUGUUUCUUUAGCUCUAUCUAAUCUGUUUGGCUUUUAGCUCGAUUUAAUCUGUUUGAUUUUAGGAAUUUUUUUGUAAGAAUUGUUGUCUUAUUUUUGAACUGGUUUUUCUGAAUCAGAGCUUCGUGUUAUGUUUGUUUUGGUUUUGAAUUGUUUUUGUAGUUUUGAUUUGAACUUCCAGGUGUUUUUGAGUGCAUUUUGUUAGUUUUGAAUUUCUGUAUUAAUUUCGUGUUUCUUUUGGUGAAUUCAUGCUUGGAUUUGUGUUUGAGCUGUUUCCGAAGUGUUGUGGUAGUUCUGAUUAAAUUUUUGAAAGGCAGUAAUAUUUCUAGUGGGGGUCAGUAAUGUGUGUUCAAUGAUAUUGUAGUGUCUAUAAUUGUUGCUUACUAAUGUUUUAUUUGAAUGCAUUGCAAUUUAUUGCAUCUUCCAAAUUGUUUUUGCUGUUUUGACUAUAUUAUUGGGGACCAGUAGUGUGUGUAUUGGGGGGCAGUAAUGUUUUUAUGUGUUAUUAAGUAGCUGUAAUUGUUGUCUAGUUAUCCUUUUCAUUAUUUUAAAAGUAAUUUGGUACUGCUUCUAUUUCGUUUUGGUAGUUUUGAUUAAAUUAUUGGGGGGGCACUACUCAGCUUAUUGGGGGGCAGUAAUAUGUGUUUUAGGUUUAAUAAUAGAUUCGUUCGACUGUGUUUUCUUCGCAGGUCUAUGGCUGAUCCUCUGGUUGCUAGGUGCCUUUACUCUGGCAAAGGUUAUAUGAUUCCUUUGAAUCAAUGCAUGAGCUACUCUGAGUUGUAUGAAGACAUUUUCCGUACAUUCCAGUUUUUCCCAAGUGAUAUUAUUGAGCUUCAGUAUUCGAUUCUAGGUUGUGAAGUUUGUUUUCUUCGUAACGAUCGUGAUUUCCAGAUGCUGUUUUGCUCUGCUAGAAUACAUAUGUUAGAGUGUGUCGAUAUUUUAGUUUUAAAGAUUGGGGGAGGUUGUAGGAGAACUUGUUCGGUGGAUAGUGGUUCGGAAGUUAUUGAUGACGAUGAUUAUUUGGGUGGUGCAUUCAGGACUGAAGUUCACAAGACGUAUUUGUCUGAUGAGUGGAGUUCUUAUAUUCAUCAUGUCGGGGAUAAGUUUCAUGGUGCUGCUGAGCUCCGUGAGAAGCUCAGGAAGUAUGCAAUUGCAGUUGGUUUCGAGUUUGUAUUCCUGAGAAAUGAUUUGGACCGUAUUCAUGCAGUCUGUGCAAAUGUUGGAAGUUGGAACCGAAGGUUGUGAUUGGCAUCUUCGUGCUUUUUCAUCAUCUGCCAAUGGUUGCCUUUAUAUAACAGAGUUGAAUAAUAUUCACACUUGCAAGGGUGUAGUUAGGACUCAAAAGCACUAGCUUUUGGGAUCCAAGGUUGUCAAGUUUUGCAUUGCUGCUGAUGUUAGCUAUAAUCUUUCAUUGAAGCCAAGGGAGAUUAUGAGCAAGUUCAAAUCAACAUAUGGGUUUGAUAUUUCCUACAAGGUUGCCUUGAAAGCAAAGCAUCGAGCCAAGGAAGCAAUUUAUGGUUCCGAUGUAGACACAUUCAGCAAGUUAUCUUGGUAUAAGGAAGCUGUUUUGCAGAGUAACCCCGGCUCUUCUUUUGUGUUGGAAGUUGAACCAUCUACAAAUUAUUUUCAGAGGCUUUUCGUAGCUUACGGAGGUUGUGUAGAAGGCUUCCAAUUCUGUUUGCCUGUGUUGUAUGUUGAUGGAACGUUUGGUAAAAGCAUUUACAAGGGGCAGAUUCUGUCUGCAACUGGAAGGAAUGGGAAUCAAGGUUUCUACCCUCUAGCCAUAUGUUUUUGUGAUUCUGAGACAGAUGCAAACUGGACAUUCUUUUUCAAGCAUUUGAAGAGUCUGCUUGAACCUCAAGGAAGAGUUAUCACAUUUAUUAGUGAUCGGGGUGUUGGAUUGUUGAGUGUUUUCGAUAAGGUAUUUGCUGGUAAUCCUCAUCUGUUUUGUUACAAGCACUUGGUGGCGAACCUUACUGGUAAAUAUAAGGGUAAAGGUAAUUCAAAAUUGAUAGAAGAUGUCAAGUAGAAGUUUUUUAAGGUUGCAUAUUCCUCUACACAGAAGGAAUACCGUUUCAAUUUGCGGUUGCUUAGAGCAGUUGGUGGUGCCGAUUUUAUUGACCCUUUUCUUGCUGAAUUGCCUGUGGAAAAUUGGUGCCGUGCAUUUUAUACUAGGCUGCCGAUAUGGAAUUAUGGCUAAUGGGAUUGCUGAAUCAUUUAACUCUUGGAUUGCAAUUGAGCGUUUGAUGCCAGUCUAUUGUAUGCUGGACCAGACAAGAAUUAAACAAAUGGAGAUGGCGGGUAAAAGGAGGGAAGAGGCAGAACGUUGGACCACAGAACUAACUCCCAAAAUGGAGGAAAGGUUGAAGGUGCAGAUGAAGAAAUCUCGUCGUUUCAGUGUCCAUUAUUCAAGCCCUGGAGUUUAUGAGGUUCGAUCUGACUUUUCAUAUGUAGUCAACAUUUCCGAUCAUGCAUGUUCAUGUGUUAAAUGGCAGAUCAAUUGUUUUCCUUGUCCUCACGGCCUUGCUGCAUUACAAGCUGAUUCUGAAAAUGUCUAUGAUUAUAUUGAUAAGUACUUUCAUGUUGAUAUGUUCAAGAACAGCUACAGUUUUCCUAUCCGUCCGAUAACCAAUGUUGAUAUGUCUUCUUCGAAAUCUGCUUCUAAAUGUAUAUUACCUCCCCUUGCGAAGAGGCCUCCAGGGAGGCCUAGGGUGAAGCGGUUCAAGUCGGUUGGAGAGGUUGAAAAGAAGCUGAUUCGUUGUGGUCGUUGUGGCAAAAUGGACACUCAUAACAAGUUGAGCUGCACUGAACCUCUCGUUCAGCAGUAGUAUAUGUUUCUGUAAAGAGUUUUUAGGUUUUGAAUUUGUCUAUUGGGGGGCAGUAAUUGGUUUAUUGGGGGCCAUUAAUUGUUUAUAUUUAGGCUCAAACAAUCAUUUUUCUUUUCAGAUGUCAGAUUCUUACUGUUGGGAUGAUUAAAAUUGCAUUUACAUAGCUGAAGUUCAAUUUUCCAACAGGUUUAAUGCUUACAGGUGGUUUCUGGGGGGCAAUAAACAUAUUAGUGCCCCCCAAUAAUGUCAUCAAUUCAAGGACUCCUUGUAUAUUCAGGCUCAAUUUUCAAUUCAAGGACUCCUUGUAUAU